AUGUUUAAAGUGAGUAUUAUAAAUAAUUUUAGAUAAUUGAAAUAGAUAGUUUUAGAACAGCAACAUUAUUGUUGAGUUUAGCUUUUAUUUAUGAUAUCUUUUGGGUUUUUAUAAGUCCAUUAUUUUUUGGAACUUCAGUUAUGGCUUAAGUGGCUACAUAAAUAGAUUUACCAAUGAAAUUCAUAUGUCCUUCUCUAAUCAAAUCAUAUAAUACUCCUUUAAUGAGAUGUUCAUUACUUGGUUUAGGUGACAUUUUGUUACCAGGAAUUGUUAUCAAAUAUAUUCUAAAAUUUGAAAAUUUAAUAAACAAAGGUUAAUGUAUGUAUAUUACCUCAAUUAUCGGAUAUUGUUUAGGAUUAUUAACAUGUAUGCUUUCAUUAGUAAUUUACUAAUAAGCAUAACCAGCACUAUUAUAUUUAGUUCCUUUAAUAUUGAUACCAGUUUUGAUUGUUAGUGUGAUAAAAAAAUAGUUUUAUUCUUUGUGGAGAGGAUAAAUAUUUAAAACGUAGAAAUCUGCUGGAGUUUAUGAACUGUAAUAAAGUGAACAAGUUUGAUUUAAUAUAUUAUAUCAAAAAUAUCAAAUAAUUCAUAUUUAUAAAAAAUAAUAUAGAAUUAUUUAUCAAGAAAAAUAAAAAAAGUUAAUUAAAAUACANACGGAGUAUAAGAAAUUAAAAUGCUUGAGUAAAUAAAGACAGAAGAAUUUAAUACUAAAACAUCAGUAUUAUUUAUUUUAUCUGCAAGUAUAUUGUUAUUUAGUCUAUAUAAAUUUCCAUCUAUUGGAUAAAUGUAAAAAAUUAUAUAAAUAUUAGAGUUUUGAGCAUAGUAAUAUUUUUUAUGGCAAUUUUAAGUAUUUAAAUUAUCAUUGAGGAUUAAUUAUAAAAAUUAUUGGGUUCAAAUAUACUAAUAAAAAUAAUUUCAUAUUUGAUAGGUAUUAUUAUUGUAUUAUCAUAUUUUUAUACAAAAAAUUGGAUAAUAAACAAUAUAAUAGCAUUUUUAAUAACACUAUUAAUGUUUAAAGUGAGUAUUAUAAAUAAUUUUAGAUAAUUGAAAUAGAUAGUUUUAGAACAGCAACAUUAUUGUUGAGUUUAGCUUUUAUUUAUGAUAUCUUUUGGGUUUUUAUAAGUCCAUUAUUUUUUGGAACUUCAGUUAUGGCUUAAGUGGCUACAUAAAUAGAUUUACCAAUGAAAUUCAUAUGUCCUUCUCUAAUCAAAUCAUAUAAUACUCCUUUAAUGAGAUGUUCAUUACUUGGUUUAGGUGACAUUUUGUUACCAGGAAUUGUUAUCAAAUAUAUUCUAAAAUUUGAAAAUUUAAUAAACAAAGGUUAAUGUAUGUAUAUUACCUCAAUUAUCGGAUAUUGUUUAGGAUUAUUAACAUGUAUGCUUUCAUUAGUAAUUUACUAAUAAGCAUAACCAGCACUAUUAUAUUUAGUUCCUUUAAUAUUGAUACCAGUUUUGAUUGUUAGUGUGAUAAAAAAAUAGUUUUAUUCUUUGUGGAGAGGAUAAAUAUUUAAAACGUAGAAAUCUGCUGGAGUUUAUGAACUGUAAUAAAGUGAACAAGUUUGA